CACUUUUCACGCGAUUGCUGCAACAUCCGUGCCAUUCGACUGCAGCGCAACUGUCUGGCAUACGUACUGUCCGCGCUGCGCGGUGUGCAGUGGUAGCGAUACACGUAGACGCGUGGCCUGUGAGCGCAUCGCGACCCGAAGACGAGUAGCAGUGCGCAGCGCGAAGGAAUAAGCCAUGGCCGAAGCCAACGACGCGAGCGACGGCGAGCCGAUAGCAUCGGUCUUCGCGUCCCUAAAAAAAGGCGCAGAACGAGCGGGCCCGGCGCCGCCGCUCGUCGCGCAACCGACCUACGCGCCGCCCGCAAUCAAGGCGCUCUACCCGAGACUGGACGAAACGACUUCACUGGAAGACGCGAGACGGCGAGAGAAGGAGCGGAACGCUGAUCUCAUAAAGCCGAACCGCCGCGCGAUGCGCGCACCAAAAGGUUGGCCUGCACUCGCCUUCCCGAAGCUCAAGAAGACGAUAGAACCCCACGUACCCCUGCCCAAAGCUUUAGCGUGGACCGGAUUAAGAACAAACCGCUACGCGCGCGACGACCCGGUCUUGAGAUACGUUCCUUACUUCGGAGACGACGAUACCACCGGUGUGGACGUGGCGGCCUACGACGAGGGCGUCCAGGCGCCGCGGCCCUCCGAGGGUUUGUGCUGGGCCGCGGCCGCGUCAUCCGAGCUCCAAACGUGUAGAGAGGACCCGCGCGCCGUUUCCGCCGCGCUGGACGCGGCGAGGAAUCCGCGUCAGAAGAAGGCACAAGUCAAGAUAGACGCCAUGAAUCUACGCCAGUGCAAUGACUACGCGUCGCUCGCGAACUCGUACCAGUCGCUCUUCUGUCGGCGGUGCUUUGUUUAUGACUGUGCGAACCACGGGGUCGGCCAACCUUUGUCACGAGAAAGGGUCGACCCGGACGUCGCGGAGGACGACGCCGCGAGGGAGCUCGCCGAGUCGUCCAUAGACCUGCGGGAGGCGUAUCGCCGCGAGCAGCGGCGGAACGACCUGCCGCGGGGCGACCACGCCAUUUUGGUGAGGAAGGCCUCGGCGGUCUUCCGGGACGACGCGUCGUUGCGACGAGCUUUGGGCUUCGUUGCUGAGAGAGCGGGCCCGAUCCCCUUAUUACCCCAAAAGAAGCGGAAGCUGGAUCGCUGUAUGUUGUUCAAGCGCCAACGGCUACUCUUGGAACAUGGAGGUAAAAGGGGCAAGAAGGAGAAGUACGUGUGUUGUGAUCAUGACGGUCCUUGCGACGACCCGAAGAUUUGUCCGUGCGUCGCGAGGAACGGCUUUUGCGAGAAGUACUGCGCGUGUGCCUCUGAUUGUCGAGCAAGGUACCCCGGCUGCGACGGUUUGCACUGCGGCACGGAGCGGAACGACUGCUUCUUGCUGGGGCGCGAGUGCGACCCGGACGUGUGUGCGUGUAGGGGUGAAUGCGCUGCCAAUGCAUUGAGGACCAAUAGGCACGCGCGCGUGGUGCUGGGGCGGUCCCAGGUCCACGGCUGGGGGGCUUUUGCAUUGAAACCCGUGAAGAAGGGCGAUUUGGUGGGCGAGUAUCGGGGCGAGCUGGUGUCGCAGGACGAGGCCGACAGAAGGGGAAAGAUCUACGACAAGCUCUCGUGUUCGUUUUUGUUCGAUCUGGACGACGAGCUCGUGGUCGACGCGACGCGGAAGGGCGCCAAACUCAAGUUCGCGAACCACCACCCGCAGCCGAACUUAAUCCCGCGCGUCAUGUUUGUUGAUGGCGACCACCGCGUCGGCCUCUACGCGGCGCGGUCCAUCGAAUCGAACGAGGAGCUGUGCUUCGACUACUCGGCGGAGUUCUGGUCGGCGGCGGCGCGGGAGGCGUCCUGUCCGGGGGCGGGGGCCUAGUGUUCUAAAUUGUGAUGAG